GCCUCGGCGGGCCGAGGUCGCGGGGCGCUCGGCGGGCACCAGCCAUGGGGUGUAGUGAGGCGAGGGCACUGCUCUGGAGAGUCGGCCUCCUCCUCCCCCUGCUGACAGCGCGCCCCGCCGCCGCCGGGCACGUCGCCAGCAACCACGUUGUGUUACUUGAUACUACAACUGCCCUCGGAGAACUAGGAUGGAAAACAUUUCCCUUAAAUGGGUGGGAUGCCAUAACUGAAAUGGAUGAACACAACCGUCCCAUCCACACUUACCAGGUGUGCAACGUGAUGGAGCCCAACCAGAACAACUGGCUGCAAACCAACUGGGUCUCCCGCGACGCCGCGCAGAAAAUCUACGUGGAGAUGAAGUUCACCCUGAGGGACUGCAACAGCAUCCCCUGGGUGCUGGGCACCUGCAAGGAAACCUUCAAUCUCUACUACAUGGAGUCAGAUGAGCCUCAUGGAGUAAAAUUCAAGCCCAACCAGUACACCAAAAUUGAUACCAUAGCUGCUGACGAGAGCUUCACCCAGAUGGACUUGGGCGACCGCAUCCUCAAGCUCAACACUGAGGUUCGUGAAGUUGGGCCCAUCAACAAGAAGGGAUUUUAUCUGGCUUUCCAGGACAUUGGAGCGUGCAUUGCCUUGGUGUCAGUCCGUGUCUAUUACAAGAAAUGCCCGUUCACGGUCCGUAAUUUGGCCAUGUUUCCCGACACCAUCCCAAGGGUGGAUUCUUCCUCGCUGGUGGAAGUGCGGGGCUCCUGCGUGAAGAGCGCUGAGGAACGCGACACCCCGAAAUUGUAUUGUGGGGCAGAUGGGGAUUGGCUGGUGCCUCUGGGACGGUGCAUCUGCAGUGUGGGAUACGAAGAGCUGGAGGGUUCCUGUCAUGCCUGCAGGCCUGGAUUCUAUAAAGCAUUUGCUGGAAAUGUGAAGUGCUCCAAGUGCCCUCCACACAGUUUGACUCACAUCGAAGCAACUUCUGUCUGUCAGUGUGAGAAGGGUUAUUUCAGAGCUGAGAAGGACCCACCAACUAUGGCAUGUACCAGGCCACCCUCUGCCCCGAGGAAUGUGGUUUUCAACAUCAACGAGACCGCUCUGAUGCUGGAGUGGAGCCCGCCGAGCGACACGGGGGGCAGGAAGGAUCUCACCUACAGCGUGGUGUGCAAGAAGUGCGGCUCUGACGCCAGCCAGUGCGAGGUGUGCGGCGGCGGCAUCCGCUUCGUGCCGCGGCACACGGGCCUCACCAACUCCUCCGUCACCGUGCUUGACUUCGUGUCCCACGUCAACUACACCUUCGAGAUCGAGGCCACCAACGGCGUGUCGGAGCUCAGCUUCUCGCCCAAGCAGUUCACGGCCAUCACGGUCACCACGGACCAGGACGCACCCACCUUGAUAGGUAUGGUCAGGAAGGACUGGGCUUCCCAAAACAGCAUUGCCCUCUCCUGGCAAGAGCCGGACUUUCCCCAUGGAGCAAUUCUGGACUACGAGAUCAAGUACUAUGAGAAAGUCUACCCACGGAUAGCGCCGGCAUUUUGGCACUACCUGCGGGUAGAAGAGCAUGAGCAGCUCAGCUAUUCCUCCACAAGGUCCAAGGCUCCAAGUGUUAUCAUCACAGGUCUCAAGCCAGCCACCAAGUACAUAUUUCAUAUCAGAGUCAGGACGGCAGCAGGAUACAGCGGCUAUAGCCAGAAGUUUGAAUUUGAAACUGGAGAUGAAACUUCUGAUAUGGCUGCAGAGCAGGGACAGAUUCUUGUAAUUGCCACGGCUGCUGUGGGUGGAUUCACUCUGCUGGUCAUCCUCACCUUGUUCUUCCUCAUCACUGGCAGAUGCCAGUGGUACAUAAAGGCCAAAAUGAAAUCUGAGGAGAAAAGAAGGGCUCAUUUGCAAAAUGGACACUUACAUUUCCCAGGACUCAAAACAUACAUAGAUCCAGACACUUACGAAGAUCCUUCUCUUGCUGUCCAUGAGUUUGCCAAGGAGAUUGAUCCUUCAAGAAUUCGUAUUGAAAGAGUCAUUGGGGCAGGGGAGUUUGGGGAAGUUUGCAGUGGACGUCUGAAGACACCAGGAAAAAGAGAGAUCCCUGUUGCCAUAAAAACUCUGAAGGGUGGCUAUAUGGACAGGCAGAGGAGAGAUUUCCUGAGGGAGGCGAGUAUUAUGGGACAGUUUGAUCACCCAAAUAUCAUUCGCCUCGAAGGAGUUGUUACAAAAAGAUCCUUCCCGACCAUUGGGGUGAAGUCUCUUUCCAGAUUCCUGAGGGCGGGAUUUUUAAAUAGCAUCCUGGCCUCUCAUCCAGUGGCAGGGGGUGGAUCUUUACCCCCCAGCAUUUCCUCUGGCAGACCAGUCAUGAUUGUAGUUGAAUACAUGGAGAACGGAUCCCUUGACUCCUUCCUGCGGAAGCACGACGGGCACUUCACGGUGAUCCAGCUGGUGGGGAUGCUGCGGGGCAUCGCCUCCGGCAUGAAGUACCUGUCGGACAUGGGCUACGUGCACCGGGACCUGGCGGCGCGCAACAUCCUGGUCAACAGCAACCUCAUGUGCAAGGUCUCCGACUUCGGCCUCUCGCGGGUGCUGGAGGACGACCCCGAGGCCGCCUACACCACAAGCGGUGGGAAGAUCCCCAUCCGGUGGACGGCUCCCGAAGCCAUCGCCUACCGCAAGUUCUCCUCCGCCAGCGACGCCUGGAGCUACGGCAUCGUCAUGUGGGAGGUGAUGUCCUACGGGGAGAGGCCCUACUGGGAGAUGUCCAACCAGGAUGUUAUCCUGUCCAUUGAAGAGGGCUACAGGCUCCCAGCUCCCAUGGGCUGCCCAGCAUCACUUCACCAGCUGAUGCUUCACUGCUGGCAGAAGGAGAGGAACCUCCGUCCCAAGUUCAGUGACAUUGUCACCUUCCUGGACAAGCUGAUCCGCAACCCCAGCACCCUUCACACCCUGGUGGAGGAUGUCCUUGUAAUGCCAGAUUCACCUGGUGAAGUUCCAGAAUAUCCUUUGUUUGUUUCAGUCAGUGACUGGCUGGAUUCCAUAAAAAUGGGUCAGUAUAAAAAUAACUUCAUGGCAGCAGGUUUCACAACUUUGGAUAUGGUUUCAAGAAUGAAUAUUGAUGACAUUAGAAGAAUUGGAGUUGCACUCAUUGGACACCAGAGACGAAUAGUCAGCAGUUUACAGACUUUGCGGUUACACAUGAUGCACAUACAGGAGAAAGGAUUUCAUGUAUGAAAGUAAUAGAAGCAACUGUGUUUUGUGCCUCAGCAUUUCUAAAAUGGAAAAAUAUUCUCAUUCUUCCCUCCUGCUCUUCCCAACUUCAAGAACUGCAGUCUCCAGUUCAGACUAUACAAGUACUUCUAUGUUAAUGCUUCCAAACCGGAAUUUUUAAUCACACUGCACAGCUCCUCCACAGUUCUCUGCCAAUAAAAUCCUGGCCUACUGCAAGACUCUUGCUACACAUUGAUGAAUAACUCAGCAUGGAUGUGUAACUUUGUAUAACAGUAUUUGGGAAACUUUCAUGGACUUACUUGAAAGUAGUAAUCUAUUUGGCCUGGUGUGGCUUCUUUAUCGAUGUAUUUAGAAUUUGCUGGUAGAUCAAAAAGUAUUUGACUUCUUUCAUGUUCUGUGACCAUGUAACUUCCAACACCAAAUGUGCAAUCAAAAAGAAGUUUAACAUAAAUAUUUAUUUUAUCUCUUAAUUAAAUCCAAAAGUAUGUGUCCUAUCAUUAUAUUACUUUCUAAUAGUUUGAAUGCUGGUAAGCUGGUGCCUCAAAACAUUAGUAUUGUUUGCAGAAAUGACUGAUGAUUUUAUGUAGCAAGUUUUCAUUGUGUGAAUAAUUGGAAGCAUAGUGAGAGUAAUCUGUUUGAAAUCUUGAGGAAGGUUCUCGAUUUUCAAUUACUUUAGCACUCGACACUUUUUAUGCUUUAAAUUUUAGAUUAGGUUGGAAAAUUUGUUUAUCCUUGGGAUUCCUCACCACCCUACAACCCUUUUUUUUUUUUUUAAUGUAAUACUCAGCAUUUGCUUCUACUACUGGAAAACUGACCACAUGUAAAACACAGUUGUCAGCUCUGUUGCAGACACAGAGAUUUCAGAAGAGCUUUCUGUUUCAAACAUGCAGGUCUCUGCUGUUGGAUAGGGAAUCAUCUCCAGCAGCAGCAGCAGCAGAGCUCAGAGGGCCAGCCAUGGAUGGGGUGAUGGGAUCAUUCCCAUGGGAGCAGGCUGGCCACAUCCUCUUCCAGCCAAGGCAGCAGUGCAGCCCCACUGCUGCUGGAAGUUCCAGGCUGCAGGAUGCAGUGACCUUGCACAAAGGCAGAAAAGGAGAUGCAGGACAGCAGUGUGGUAGCAUGUUGCCUUGAGCCUACUUCUAACUGCUUUUAGAGGUUAAAAAGCAAACUCUGCUGAAAUGGGGCUCUGGUCAUUCCAGGCCAGAUCUUCAUUUAGUACAGAUCUCUAAAGGACAUCCGAGGUAUUACCUUUAGAACCUUUCAAUAGCCAUAUUUACAUGCAAGGAAAUGUCAGCAAAGGCCUAACAUAAUAUUUGUACCUCUCUAAGACUUCCAGCUUCCAUGUUUUGUUCAGACAACUGACACAGACGUGCUGGGCUACAUUUCCAAACUCUUGCAUGGGAUGUGCACUCCUGGGAGCAGGGGCAGGACCGCAUGGCCGUGCUGCGGAACCCCACGCAGAUCUGCACUGCAUGUCACGUGUAACCUGUGCAGCAGCUUCUCUUCAUUCCUGUGUCCUCUGAGGGUAUCUUUGAGUUCUGUGGCAUCCCAAUGUACUCCAGCAUUGCAGCUCUUCUGUUACAACGUGCAUUUGGGCUAUCAGUAUAAUCUAUGUGUAUAUCAAAAGGAACUAACUACUUUGUGUAAUCAUUAUGGUGUUUACUGCUUCAUUUACAGCUUGUAAAUCACAAGGUGUUUCCUAAGUCUUGGAAAAGGCUGCCAUUGUAUAUCAGUCACAAAGAAUGAAAAUCAGAAAGCAACUCAGAAAAAAUUAUGCUUCCAACCAGAUCACAGAGUAAGACACGAGGCCUGAUUUCUGUUGUCAAUGUUGGAAUAAUUGCAUUAAUUUAGGUGAGAUAGCAGGAAUGCACUAAGUAAUUUUUUCUUUCUUUCAUUAAAAAAAAGGGCAGAUGUAACUGAGGAAAGAGUUUUCUGAAGACUAGGAGCCACUGGUGUUCUACAAUGCCAGUUUGAUGAGCUUGUUUAAAGAAGGGCAACUUCAAUCCUAUUGUAGCUCCAAAGGUAAUUUUGUCAGCAGGAGUAUUCCCAUUGAAGUCAUCAGUCCAGCACAAGGAUGUGAGUUUUGCAGGAUCACAGCCCUUCAGUGGGGAAAAAAAACAUUUGUUCUUUUCUGUGACUGUCACUCAAAAAAUUCUGCCUGAAUUCCACAUCUGAAUAAUUUUUUGGUAGAGGUGCUCUUACAGAAAGAAAACCAUACUUACCUGAAACCUUUUGAAAAAUACCAACAUACCACAGAGUAAUUUAAAAGAGGAUUUUAGUUCAUCAUUUUAUUAUCCAUUUUGCCUAUCAUUGCUUCCAUGGCCAACAACAGGACAUCUCUGGAAUCAGCCUUUCUCAUAAUGAAAUCCAUUACUGAGGAGGUAGGAGUCUGUUAUUUGUUAAUGGGGUUUCAAAAUCAUUCAUAGCUGACCCAAACUAUCUAUGUGCACUUUCAGAUUGUCUUUUGCCAGUUUUUUUUGUUCCUGGUAGUGAGGAUGCAGAACUGACAUGGUUAUAUGCACACAACCUGGAUAUAUUUAAUGAAAAAUAAUUUCUAAAUUUAUCAUACUACUGAAAAUAUUUUUUCAAUAGAAAAAAAUAUAACAAAAGUAAAACAUUUAUUAAUCAAAUAUAUUUUUUAUAUAAACAAGAGUUUGGGUGACCAGAAAGGAAAGAACAAGGGAUUCUUUGAGUGAGCACAUUUGUUAAUAACACUGUAAAUCCAGGAUUUUGUGGCUUUAUACAGCUUGUUUUUUUCUGUUGUUGUUCCUGUUGUGGUGCAGUAUGACACUUUUCUAAUAGUUAUCUUGAUGAAAUUCACAUAUUCCCCAUUUUGGAAAUGUUUUAUUUGCUCUUGUGCUGAUUCCUAGUCUGUUCUUGCUUUAGUUUAGCAAUUUUUUCAUAUUUUUUAAUUUAAAAACAAAACAAAAAAACAACGCUAACAGGUGUUAUUUUUCAAAUGUGAGCUUAAUUCUGUACAGGCCACAAAUGUAUAUGUGAAAUCAGAGUAACUUCCUUUGUUACAGGAAAUUCUUUCUUCAGGAGAAAAUUAGCUCUAAUUAUCCUGCAUACUGCAGAGUGCAGCUGGAGUUUAAAUUUGAUAAAUUAAAGCAAAUUUAAUAGGCUGGUUUUGAGAAUCUGGCCCACAUUACAGAGUGCUUCAUGACUAAAAGUACCCAUUGAAAGUUCACAAAAUAAAGUGUGAACUAUAUGCAAGCAACAAAAAAAAGGUGUUAUAACAUGGAUGUGUAUAAAGAAAUAAUUCUUACCUGUUUCUCUGCAUUCAGUGACAGCUCAUCCAUUCAGGUAUCUGUGCUUGGUCAGAUGAAUUUCAUGCCUUAAUUGUAUCCAGUUGUUUUGCUGAACCUGUGAGACAGAGAGGGUCUUGUUCACGAUGUUCAUGGUGUCAAAACUGAACAAGGCACAGCAGAAUGUUUAAUAGAAUUUGCUCAUGAGGUGUUUGCACAUUGGAAUUAUUGAGAAGCAAUGGGAUGCUCUGAGGAGAAAGGAAGAGAAUUGAGCCACAUCAUUUAAAUUUUUCUCAAACAAAAUUUACCCUUUUUGUUUCCUGUGAACUUAAAUCCAGUAUCUAUCCAAUAAAAGCUUAGAAACAUGCCAUGCUUCAGGACAUCAGACAGCAUAAAGCAAUCCUUUACUUGCAAAUAGUGGACUCAACAAUAAAAUAAAUUAGUUAGUAAAUUAGUCAAAUAAAUUGUGUCCAAUAUUCUGUUAUUAGGUACUACUUGGAUUAUUCUGAUACAGAACUCUUAGACUGCAGUACUUUGAUUUUUACAUCACUUAAGACUGACUAUCCAUUUGCUGUCUUUAAUAUAAGCCCAACAUAAGGCUUCAUUAAUUUCUUUUUCAAUGCAGAUUCCUACAGGAUUCAAAGAUGGGUCAUAAGUAACAAACAGACCCCCUUUGUGCAGAAUCAGCUGAGAUAUACCAUGAGGAAUAGCAGGGACUGUGGAGGUGCCUAGUGAGACUGCGUUACCCACAGCAAUUUCCAUCUCAGAAUGACCCCAUGGGACACAUCAGCCACCAAGGUAAAGCAGCUCAGAACAUUUUUCACCUUGUAUUGAGGAGCAGUUCCUCAUUUCCAGCUGUCCCUGUUGUGAACUGCAGCAGUUAUGGAACUGUUUUACCUCAGCUGAUGGAAUGGUUCUGUGGGACACGUUCUGGCAGCUCAGAAUUCUCUUGUGAACACAGGGUUCCUGUAACUCCCCUGUCAUUGGCUCACUCUGUCUUGGAAUAUUCCUAAAGAGAGUGAAAAGCAGGACUUGCCUCUAAUCCAGUCCAACAUUUCUUUAGCUAAAAUAAUUAUAAAAGGUCUGUCUUCCAUUGCAUCUUCCAGGAAAAGCACUAAAACUUGUGACAUUUGCACAUGGUUGAGAACUCUGUAUUCUGUUAAGCAGUUUUCUUCCAGAAUACCUUUGUUCACCAAUUGUAAUGAAUCUUUCCUGAAUAAACAGCAAAGAUAAUUUCUUUUUUAUAAUAGCACUAUAAUUAUUUAUUGAGAAUGAGGGAAAGAUGUGAUGGGCUGGGCUAACUUGUAGUACAAUAAUGAUCUUGAAAUCUCCUGGGGAGAGAAAUUAAUAACUCCCUUAAACCUACAUAAGGUAAAAAGGGAAGAACUGUCCAUGCUGUGCCAAGGAGCUCUAACAAAAACUCAAGUUGCAUAAUACAGUGCCAAGUACUUAUAGCUGACAAAAUUUUCCACCAUCAUAUCCUAUAUUUAGUAGUGCACACUGCCCAUCCAUGAGUGUUGUAUAUAAUUCCUCAGAUCAUAGACCAGGAUAUGGUGAACAUGUUGUGGUUAUAAAAUAUUUGUCUUUAUGUACAUACAGAAUUAUAAAUAGAAUGUAUAUCGUAAAAUCAGAUGUUUCAAACCUACGGAAUUAAUUACCAACAACACUAAUGGGGUUUAUUUGCUUUUAAAAAUUUUCAUGGCAUGCACUGUGUGUGUAUAGUUCUUCCCAAAAUUCCUUGGCUUGUUAGCUGGAAAUGGACAGCCUCUCUUUUCCUCCACUGGUAGAAAAAAACAUUUUCAGACUGGCUCAGAGAAAGCUGCCUGCUCACCCUUCUGCUGCCACCUCACCCAACCCCUUCCUGCUGAUUCUCUUCCACUCAGCUAAUUACUGUAGAAAUUAGUGAUCCCCAAGGGGAAGCAAGGUGCCCAUGAGCCAGCAGAUGCAAGAUGGAGUCCAUUCUAUAAAGAGUUUUCAGUUCCUCUGCUGAAAUCACCAAAGAUGUUUGCAGAGUAUAUAAAUUAUUUUCUUUUACAUGACCAUUUAUGGACACCUAGGAGGUUAAAAUGAGGGAAAUUUUCAAGGGCAUGUAAGUAGGGAUAAGCCAACAUAUAACACAAAAAGAUAAGCUGACUUUUAGAAGGGAAAAAGAACAACAACAGUUGAUGAAAAACCUAAGGUUAAAAAUGGCUUAAAGUAUUUUUCCAUAUUUUAUAUGUGAAAUAAGAUAACCCCAGUUCAGUGGAAUUUAUUUGUGUGUAUAUUUCUUUAAAUAUCCUGCAUGAAUAUAUCUUACUUUCCUUUCCUGCAAGAGAUUUCCCAAGUACCUAUCUCUUCCAGAAAGGUUUAGCAUAUUAUCUGAUAUUUUCAUACCUGAAUAAUUAAACUGGAAUUUAAAAAAUGCAAGUUCUGGCAGUGAAGAUAUGGGGGGAACAAUAGAAUUAAGAAGUUCAGUCUCAAAGUAACAGAAAGUUUUCACAUCUAUUCUACUUUGUUCUUGUCCAAAAUUUUUACCUGUAUCUAUCUGAGAACUUUGACUUGUUCUGCACACAUCUCAGUGCCACCUCAGAAACUCCUGAAUCUGUAAAUGGCUCUAGUUUGUGCAGCUUAAUUAAUAUAAAAAGGCUGAUUUGACAUGGGACUUUAUAGAAGACUAGAGUUAGGUAUAAUAAAAAAUCAAAAUCCCUAUAAAAUAUCUGUGAGACACCAUGAGAUAAGAUAUUUUGCCUUAUUAUACUAUCACCUCUUCAUUUCUGACAGUUCAGUGAAGAGCUGGUCAGCAGCAGCAUGUAUGUUGAGUGGUAUAACCCUGAGACUGAAAACCCACAAAUCAAAAGAGAAAUCCAGGUCUCUGCAUUCUGAACUAUGGGAUGUCAAAGGACUCCAGAGAAAGUAACUAACCUUGAACCUAUAAUCUGGAAAAUCAGGUUUAGGAGAAAUCUGCUUUGGAACCCAAAUAUUAAUUUCUGGUUGUGGGUGAUGGAAAAAUGCCCAAUGAAACAGUCUAGGGACUAUUUUCAUAAUAUCAUCACCACAUAAUGUCCUGAACAGGUACAGUUUUCAUAAUUAAUAUUGGAAAGUCCAGCUGACAGAAUUUUGAAUGACUAAUUGUUCUUAUAGCUACAUACUGGCUUUCUUGAGAGGAACCUAAAUAUAUAAUAAAACAUAGAAAUCUCUAGUUAAUAUUGGCUUAGAAACUGAGUUUUCAGUUUUCUCUCAUUCAGAUUGGUUUUAACUGAAAAUUAUUAAUAGGAAAAACGAAAAGCAUAAUAGGAUUAUUAUUUUCUCCUGUUAGAAGCUGGGUGCUCUGAGCUGUAUAACUUAUCAUCACAGUCUCUUGGUGUAAAAUAGGAUUAGCUGAAAAAGACAAAGUGCAGCCAGUGUUCCAAAUCUGUAGAUUAUUUGUCACUAAUUGUCAAUUUGGGAAGUUCCAUUUUUGUUUUGGGCGAGUUCUGCUCUACCACACCUUGUAUUUCCAAAUCCUGCUGCAUGAUUUUAAUGAGCAUCUCGAUUAAUUCCUGGGAGAGUGAUGUGACUGUGAGGAAUUAAAAGUUCCUGUGUUAAUAGGCAAUAGUGUUGCUGUGAUCUAAAAUCAUGAGAGUUUGUUACUGACUUCCAUGGCAGUGGGAUAAGCCCAAUGUCCAUAUUUUCUGUAGGUAGGCUCUAGCUCUGCAAACAGACUCUCCUUUUCUGCACCCCACUACUGUCAUAGUUGAUUUCUUGUUAGAGAACCAGCAUUUAUUGGGACAUGAGCUGUCUUGUUGUUCAAAUAGAUUGCUAAAAGUUUUUGCUGGUUUUAAUUGUUCUGUUGAAGCAUUUCAGGUUGAGAUGUAGGUUGGUCCCUCAGGGCAUGAUCCAAAGUCAGCUGUAUCCAUAAGAAGAGGUCAAGUGAGUGAAACAGGUUUUGAAUCAAAGGUUUCUACAGAUGUUCCUGGAACAGAUGGCCUCAUUUAAUGGGGAGAAGAGAGUGCACUGAGCCUAAAAGAAAGGCUGCUACCUCAGGGAUGUGAUCAAGUAAGCUGUGGUUACUUUCAACAUGGAAAAAGUAAACUGCAAGGUACAAAAGUUGGGUGCUGCAGUGUUUGUUGUUUUCUCUGGCUUGGAUGGUCAACUCUGACUUUGGAAUUAGUUACCUAAAUGACCUACACAUCUAAUAGGGUAUCUAGCAGAAAUUGUUUGGCUUUGUGGGGUUUUUCUCCCCAGAUAAUUUCCCAGACUUCUGGAUUUAAAUUCAGGAUGAAACCACCAGCCCCACCAAACAAACAGAACUUCUAAAACAAAAGGGACUUUUAUGUUUUUAUUCUUUCCUAAACAUAAAUCAGGAUGCAAUAUGGUCUCCCUUUCAUAAUACAAGUUCUGACUGUUGAUUUGCCUCUUUGAACAAGCUGCUUCAUACUCCUGGUGCACUGCAGUCUAAGUUUUCAGAUUUGCCCAGUUAAUGAAUGGCACAAUAGCAAAUAAAAUAACAAAUGCCCUGUUAGUGGUUCCAUUUUCUGGAUUCUUUUACUAAUUGCCUAUCUGGAGAAAACCAUCCCACUCCAAGAUUCCUAAUAAGGAAACCUGUAAGCAUUUUACAUCUUUAUGGCUAUGAUUCCCUAUCUGCCUCUCCCCAAGUGAGCUUUGAAUUGGCAAUGUAGUUUUUUACUACCAUUUCUUCUGCAGUAAUUUCUUCUCCCAACUCCUGUAAGUAAGGCUGAGAUGUCUGUUUCACACUAAAAGUGGGAAAAGUUGUUCCUUUGUUAACUCUGGUGACAGGAUUCAGCGUUUGUUGCUCUUACCCAGAGCCUUCCAUCUGCUUCUGUCGAGGCCAGCAUCAGCAUUCUCUGGUGGUAUCAGUUACAUCACACACAGCGCUGCCGUGACUGACUGAAAACCCAGAGGCAUAAAAAGGGCUCAUUCUCCUCUGGGGUGGUGGAAACCCUCCUGGCUUCGGGAACUUCUCUGCACUUCUCAGGACUGCGCCUGCAGUUUAGCAAGAAAAAAUAAAUCUUUAAAAGAUCAUGUGAAACCCUGUUUACUGAAAGGCAAUAGUUUAUUUUCUAGCAAAGCAACGUCCAUUGAUUUAGCUGCAAUUAACAGUUUUCAUUUUGUCAUCACUUUUUUAAAGAAAAACAAACCACUUGGACUUUCAGAAAAAAAAAUACAAAAAUAAUAUUUUGCUACCUUCCAAACAUUAGCUUUGAUUUACUUUUGGAAGAUAACGUGGUUGGUAUGUUUUCUCAGGAUAGCCUCUAUCUAUUUCUGUGUGUUGGUUUUAAAUGUAUCUGAAUUAAAAGGGGUUUUAAUCUCUGUCUCUUCUGUGAAAUUAGAUUGUACAAAACUAAAUAUGACUGCUCUUCAUAGUUUGCUGUUCUAGCAUAGCCAUAAACUGUAUCAAUGUAUGUGUAUAUAUGAAUAAAUAUUUGAUGACAGACACUUUAGAUUAUAUAUUUAAGCAGCCAUGUCAAAACUUCAGAGGUAGAUGGCUUCAAAAGCAAUGGUAUAGUCAUAAUACUUGCAAAUUAUUUUACAAAAUCAAACCAUGGCCUCAGCACAGAUCUCAUAUCCCUACCAGUAGUCUGAAACCCACCUUUUCUUUAAAGACCCCUGCUAAAGGUUUGUUUUGCCAUUGCUUCUUUAAGCAAGACGUAUUUGAAUAAUGACAACUACCUGUGGCUCAGUCCUCAGCCCUCAUCUCCCAGCAGAGCUGCCCUGGUGCUGCAGCUCCAGAGGCUCUGGGCUCCAGCUCCAUGGUCUGAGCUCCUCUGGAGCUGCUCCUUCUGGGAGAUGAACAUUGCACAGCCAGUGUCGGUGCUUCCCCCUGGGACUGCCUCACUCCCCAAAAUUCCUUUUCUUCACCUAAUACAUCUCCCAUGCACGUCCCACUGCGCUUUCUUUUCCCCUGUUUAUAAUGGUACUGUAGGAAUAUCCAUGGAAUAAAAAGCUUACCCUACUAAUUUGCAGUCCCAAGGGGAAUUUACAUUAGACGUGAAGUUGUUAUUAUUUACUGAAAAGUGGUGUUCUCUCAUUUUCUUUAUUAUUAUGAUUCUAUUCCUAUGAUACUAUGAUGUUUCAUGUAAAUUUUCAUGUGCUGGCAUGCCUACAAGUUAAUAGUGUAAUAGAAUGCUCAGCUCUCAACAUUAGAGUGUUUUUAAGGUGAAUUGCAUCACAUAUGCCAUCUCUUUGCAGAAAGAAUAUGGGGUUUGGCAAAACUACCUGCUGAGCAACAUAAUGAGAUUUUUGUACAAAGUACAAGUUAUUGAUUAUUAUUGUAUUUUAUUUUUCUAUGAUUUCCUAAGAGGCAUUAUCAGGUCUUACAGAUGGGGUAAGCCUGUUUAUUAAGAUAUUUAUUAGCAAAUAAAAGUUACAGUACUGGUGGUUA